UACAAAUUGUACAAUUUCCCUCUGGCUAGGGAAAAGUCUUUAAAAAACCUGUUCAGGAUAUUCUGAAUAUGAAUGACUCUUGAAUUACAAUAUUUAAUAUGUAUAUAUAUGUAUGUAUUUGGUUCAACGAUCUAUUUAAAUGCAUACAUAUCUUUCAUGACUCCGCAAUCCAUUAUCAGAAGAAAUGCCUUUAAAAGGAAUUAAGGUUUUAGAAUUAGCUGGUCUAGCACCCGGUCCCUUUUGUGGGAUGAUAUUAGCCGAUUUUGGCGCGAGCGUUAUUAAAGUGAAUAAGGUUAAUGCAUUCCAACCGAUUCCUGACUGUCUUGGUCAUGGCAAGAGGUCUAUUGCUUUGAACUUAAAAACCGAGAAAGGCAUAAAUAUAUUUAAAAAAUUAAGCGAUCAAAGUGAUGUGAUUAUAAAUCCAUUCAGACCUGGUGUAUUAGAAAAAAUUAAACUGGGUCCUGAAGAUCUUAUGAAAACAAAUAAGAAGCUAAUAUAUGCUAGAUUAACAGGAUUUGGGCAAAAUGGUCCUUACGCAAAUAUGGCUGGCCAUGAUAUUAAUUAUUUAGCUCUAUCUGGCUUAUUGUCUUUAUUUGGCCGAUUUAACGAAAAACCAACACCACCAGUUAAUUUGGCUGCUGAUUUUGGUGGCGGUGGAUUAAUGUGUGCCUUUGGAAUAUUACUAGCAUUAUUAGAACGUAGCAAACACAAUGUAGGUCAAAUUGUUGACAUAUCCAUGGUAGAAGGGUCAGCUUAUUUAGGUAGUUGGUUAUUCAGGACUCAAAAUCUACCUGAAUUGUGGGGAAAUCCUCGUGGUAAAAAUAUAUUAGACACAGGGUCACAUUUUUAUAAUACUUAUGAAACAAAAGAUAAAAAGUAUAUGUGUGUUGGUGCAAUUGAACCACAGUUCUAUCAAACAUUUUUGGAGAAAAUUGGACAAUCUAUAGAUGAAAUGCCACAAUAUAGUGAAUUUGAAGAAAGUCGAAUGAAAUUAGAAAAGAUAUUCAAGCAAAAAACUCAAGCUGAAUGGUGUGCUAUAUUUGAUGGUACCGAUGCAUGUGUGACACCUGUUUUAAAUUUGAAAGAAGCUGCAGUUCACACGCAUAAUAAAGAGAGAAAUACAUUUACAACAUUGGAAGAUAAUGUAAUCAGUCCAAACCCUGCUCCUCGUUUAUCGCUUACUUCUGGAAAAUCAAAGGUACUUCUAAACAACCCUAUACCUGGUGAGCACACUACAGAGAUUCUUAGAGAAUUAAAUUUUAAACAGAAUGAAAUUAAUGAAUUCUUACACAAUGGAAUUGUUGAACAGGGAAUGACACAGUCUAAACUGUGAAUAUUUAUGCAUUUAUAUAUUACAAUACACGUGUUAUUAUUAAUAUAUUUUGAUACAAAUGUUGUUUAAAUACAUAAUUUUAAAACUAACAUU